UUCAGUCAGCGUGCUGCAGCAGUGUGCCGGCCAACACACAGACCAGCGCGGGAUGCCGAUAAGCCGAUAACAUCCACUGGAAGAAGAAGACGGGAAAGUUUUGCGAGGGACAAGGUGGCAGUUUUAGUUUUAAUCUGAAAGAAAUCGGAAAACAAACUGAAUUCGAAUUUAGGAAAGAAACUAAUUGUGUGCAACGAGGGGACACCUCCAGAUCACUGGCAAAAGCGAUCAGUUCUUUAAUUCCUGAGAUGGAUGUAACUUUCACUUUGGACUUUGUCUUGACAAGGGAAUACUGAGACGAAUUUGGAUGUCUUGAAACCCCUGUCUUCUCUAAAACAUAGCAGAUGAAUGUUUAAAAAGAAGAAACUGAAAUGAAGACAGCAGCCAAGGGUACUGGGAAAUUUAUAAUGGGUUCUUCAGAGCAUGAGGGUUGGUGGAACACAAGGAUAGUGCUAAUGGUGUAUGUGGCCUUGGAGCUAGUAACAGUCCUCUCACCUGUGGUUCUGGGGACUCUUGAACUCCAGUUAGAUGAGGAACAACCAGCAGGCACAAUUAUAGGUGACAUCAGUGCUGGACUUCCUCCUGGCAUCACAGCCUCUCUGUUCUUCAUUUCAGACCAUGAGGGCACAGGCGUGGGUACUGAUUUGGACAUAGAUGAGAGCACAGGCAUUAUUAAAACAGCCAAAAUUCUUGACAGGGAAGUGAGGGACAGAUACAACUUCAUUGCGGUCACCAUGACAGGUGUGACUGUGGAAGUGACCAUCAAGGUGAAUGACAUAAAUGACCAUGCACCAAUGUUUUCAAGAAAACGAGCCAUGUUUAAAAUCCCUGAGCAGACUGCCAUAGGUACCAGGUUUCCUCUUGAUCCAGCUGUGGAUGCUGACAAAGGGCAGCUAACAACACAAGGCUACCUUAUCAAAGAUGGAAACAUUGGCCAGGCCUUCACCUUGGAGACCAGAAGGGGAAGCAAUGAGGUUCUCUAUCUGGACUUGGUGGUUAAUGCCAUUCUAGACAGAGAGAAAAGAUCCACCUAUACUUUAUCUUUGGAGGCCUUUGAUGGCGGUUCCCCUAAAAGGACUGAUCAGAUGACAUUAGAUAUUACUGUACAAGACAUUAAUGACAAUGUUCCUGUUUUUAACCAAAGCCGGUACCAUGCUAUAAUAUCUGAGAACCUCCAACCAGGAAGCAGUAUACUGCAGGUGUUUGCCACAGAUACUGAUGAAGGAGACAACGGGAUGGUACUAUAUGAAAUCAACAGGAGACAAAGUGACCCGAACCGCUACUUUGUCAUCGACUCUCACACCGGCAUCAUCACACUCAACAAGCCUCUGGAUUUUGAGAUGAGGAGAGUCCAUGAACUGGUGGUUCAGGCGCAAGACAAUGCAACCCAGCCAGAGGUGACCAAUGCCUUUGUCACCAUCCAUGUCAGAGACUACAAUGACAACCAACCUACCAUGACCAUCAUCUUUCUCAGUGAGGACGGGUCUCCCAGAAUCUCAGAGGGUGUACAACCAGGCCAGUAUGUAGCCAGAAUCUCAGUCACUGACCCCGACUAUGGAGAGUACGCCAAUGUCAAUGUGUCGUUAGAGGGAGGAGAUGGAAAGUUUGCUCUGACCACAAAGGAUAGCAUCAUCUAUCUGAUAUGUGUGGACCAGAUUCUGGACCGGGAAGAAAGAGACACAUAUGAGCUGAGGGUGAUGGCAACAGACUCAGGCACGCCUCCUCUCAGGGCCGAAUCCUCUUUCAUCAUCCAGGUGACUGACAUCAAUGACAACCCUCCCCUGUUUGACCAGCCAGUGUACAGACAGAUCAUCCCUGAAGUGGUGUUUGCAGGGAGCUUUGUGUUACAGGUGACAGCCAGAGACAAAGACCAGGGGCCCAAUGGAGACAUUACCUACAGCAUCCUGCAAGACCAUGGUGCUUACUCAAACUGGUUCAGUAUAGACCCCAUUACGGGGAUUAUCACCACUCUCUCCCAGAUGGAUUAUGAAAAAAACCCCAAUCCCAGUAUAACGGUGGUGGCCACAGAUGGAGGGAAACCACCCCUGUCCUCCACUGCUGUGGUAAAAGUCAUUCUUCAGGAUAUAAAUGACAAUGAGCCUGUCUUUGAGAGAAACCUCUACAAUGUGUCCAUCAAGGAGAACACAGCUCCGGGGACCUGCGUUCUUGAGGUGAUUGCGACAGAUGCAGAUGGCGGCUCCUUUGGUUCCAUUACCUACUCCCUUGGCUCUGGCAUUAACAGUGCUGUCCCCUCUCAGUUCACCAUUGGCAAGGAGACUGGCCAGAUCUGCACUAAUGGUGUAUUAGACAGAGAUAAAGGCCCAGCCAGCUUCGACUUUACUGUUACUGCAAUGGAUGGGGGUGGACUGAGUUCAGUAGCCUAUGUAAAGGUAGAUCUGGUCGACAUUAAUGAUAACAGACCUACCUUCUACCCAGUAAGCUAUGCUGUCAGUCUGAGCACACAGAGCGCCCCUGGGACAUCUGUUGUCAGAGUGACGGCCCAUGACCCAGACUCAGGCGAGAAUGGCAGAAUUACAUACAAAACGGUCCCUGGUGGGGGCUCCCCAUACUUUACGCUCAACAAAGACACAGGUGUUAUCUCCCUGUCUAGGUCUGUCUAUGGGAAGGCCAACUCUGUCAUUCCCAUGGUAAUCUCUGCUCAGGAUGGUGGUGGUCUGGGCACCAUCAUCAAUGCCAGAGUCAACAUUAGCAUCGUGGCAGGUCUGGUGGCACCACCUGUGUUCGAACAGGCUCAGUACUACUUCACUGUGUCAGAGGAUGUCCUGCGGGGGACAGUCGUAGGCGUCGUCCAGGCCAGCAGUAAAACAGGCACCUCUAGAGAUAUUUCUUAUGCCAUCAGUUCUGGAGACCCCACAGGCUACUUUACAGUGGACACUGACACUGGCGCCCUAAGGACCAGCCUGCCUCUGGAUCAUGAAGCGCUGUCAGCUCUUGAUUUGGAAGUGCAGGCCCGCAAUGGCAACCCCCCUGCCUUUGGCCAGACUCGUGUCCACAUUACCAUUGCAGAUGUCAACGAUAACCCACCAAUUUUUCUGCCUGCCUCCUCGGAAUCCUUGCUGCUGCCAGAGCACACAGAAAUAGGCACAGUUGUAUAUCGGGUCCAAGCUGAGGACAAAGACUCUGGAGUUAAUGGACAGCUCACCUUUGACCUUUCUUCUCCAAGUGGAAUCCAGAGGACCUUCAGCACAGAGCGCAGCAGUGGAGAGAUCCGAUUGGUGGGGAGCCUCAACUAUGAAAACACUCCCCGUUAUGACCUCCAGGUUAUUGCCAAGGAUAGUGGAGUACCGCAACUUAGUGCUACCUUCAUGCUUGUGGUUCAUGUCCAGGCAGAGAAUGACCAGGGACCUGUGUUUGAUACACUCACCUACCGUGUGGAACUAAAAGAAGGGACUCCGAUAAACACACGCUUCCUGCAAGUCAGAGCUCUGAGCAGAGAAACCUCUGGCUCAGCUCACUUCAGUGCCUUAGUGUAUCACCUGCGUCCAGAUGGAGAUGCUGCAGGGUUUGGUAUUGCUGCAGACAGUGGGUGGCUUUUUGUGAAGAGUGCCCUAGAUAGAGAAGUCAAGGACAUGUAUCUUCUAACAGUGCUGGCCAGUGCAGGUCAUGGGCAUUUAAAGAAGACAGGCAGUGCCACGGUGCGGAUAUCAGUGACUGAUGAGAAUGACAACUCUCCUCGGCUCACGCAGGAGAAGGUCUUCAUGGCUGUGAGAGAAAACCUGCCUGCAGGAACAGGCUUCGGUCAUGUGUCGGCCACAGACCGAGACAGUGGACUUAAUGGACGCCUCAGCUAUCGCUUCCUGCACCCUGACCGCCACUUCCAGAUAAACACUCACACAGGUGAGAUCAGUACAAAGAUGAUUCUGGACAGAGAGCAACAGUCUAGUUACCAGCUGCUGGUGGUGGUACAAGACGGAGGGUCACCCCCACGAAGUGCCACAGGCACAGCCUUCAUCACUGUCCUGGAUGACAACGACAAUGACCCUGUUUUUACCCAAAGCCAGUCAGGCAAAAACUUCAUCAUACAGGUGACAGAAGGUCAGUCUUCUGGUUAUUUACUGAGCACACUGCAAGCCAAAGACCCCGAUGAAGGGGAGAAUGGCACCAUAAUCUACUCUUUGUCAGGUCCCAGGGCUGAGCGUUUCUCUUUGAAUCCAAACACUGGUGAGCUGCGUUCAUCAUCCCCUCUUAGCCAUUCAGAGCGGGCCCAGUACACUCUGAUGGUGACAGCUACUGACAGAGGACUGCCCCCUCGCAGCACCUCCUGCUCCCUCACCAUUCAGGUUCUCAGCAUUAACAGACCUACUUCUAAGAUCAAUUCACUUGUCGUAACGUUCAACUCUGUUGAAGAGGCCAAGCCCGGUUCUGUUGUUGGUUCAGUCCGCCUUUAUGAUGAAGAAAACCCAGAGAAAGGAGAGGUGACAUACACGGUGGUUGGGGGUACGGAUCGAGAUGGCACCUUUGUCGUGGACCGUCUGACGGGAGAUGUGUACCUGGCUCGUCCUCUUGACUAUGAACAAGAUGCACGCUACACCCUGCAGAUUGAGGUAGAUGACUUCUCUCAAGCCCCUCCUAGCAGCACCUUGGUCCACCUGGACAUUGUUGUAGAGGACAGCAAUGACCACGCCCCUCAGUUCCCUGAAGACCCCAUCACCAUCGUCAUCUCUGAGAGCAUAGAGACUGGCUCUUCCAUCUAUACUUUCCAGGCCAUAGAUAAGGACGGCAGUGGGCCCAACAGUGAACUGAGCUACUCCAUUCUCCAGCAGUGGCCAAACACCCCUGGCCUACUAACCCUCAACCCUUUCACUGGUGUUCUCUCCUUGGGUCAGGAGCUGGACCAUGAGCUUACUUCCAACCUGAUACUGGUUGUAAAGGCAACAGACUCUGCCCUUGAUGCCAGCCAGAGGCGCUGGGGUUCUGUCACGGCAAGGGUGUAUGUAACUGAUGAGAAUGACAAUCCACCAGUGUUCAGCUCGCCAACAGCUGUCAGCGUGAUGGAGGACCAGCCAGUGGGCUUUGUGGUGCUGUAUGUCAUUGCCAGAGAUGCAGACCAAGGCGAGAAUGGCAGAGUGACCUACAGCAUCCAAUCAGGAAACACUGGAGGAACAUUCAACCUCAACCCCAACACUGGCUCUCUGUCUAUUUUCAAACCUCUGGACCGUGAGGAGCUAGACAUCUUUAACCUCACAAUAAUCACUGAAGAUCAUGGGAUACCCCAGCACACAUCAAGCCAGCUGCUGUGUGUACAUGUGAUUGAUGUUAAUGAUGAGGUGCCAUGGUUUGAAGAGAGCCAGUACAACGCCCAGAUUUCUGAGAACCAACCUCCAGGAACUAGUGUCUUGACAGUGUCCGCCUCUGAUCUGGAUGAAGGAACCAAUGGACAGGUGGCAUAUGGUGGUAUCUCAGAGAAAGGUUUCAGCAUCAACCCAGUGACCGGUGUCAUAACCACCACUAAGCAGCUGGACCGGGAGCUCCAGGAGUACUACACUGUGACAGUUUAUGCAAAAGAUGGAGGCCUUCCACCCAACUAUGCUAAAGCUACUGUGAGAAUCAGAGUGCUAGAUGAGAAUGACAAUCCUCCUGUCUUUGGACGUCUCUACUACAGCAUAGAGGUACCUGAAAACCUGGAGGCAUUGCCUCUAUUCACCCUCAGAGCCACUGACCCAGAUGCAGGAGUCAGUGGGGACAUAAACUAUAGAAUUACAGCUGGAGAUCCAUCUGGGGACUUCCGCUUGGACACACGGUCAGGUGUGCUGUCCACUUCAAGGCCUCUGGAUCGAGAAAAGAGGGCUGUGUACAUGCUAAUUGUCACAGCUCAGGACCAGGGCCACCCACACCUCAGCAGCACUGCCACUGUGGAGGUGAUUGUUCUGGACAUCAAUGACCACAGCCCCCAGUUUCAGAGCAGCAGCUACACUGCAGAUGUUUCAGAAGAUGUUCCCAUUGGGUCACUGGUCCUGGAAGUGAAAGCCAUUGAUCUGGACCAGGGCCCCAACAGCCAGGUGCUGUACUUUCUGAGCCGUGGCUCCCAGAGCAUGUUCAUCAUAGAUGAGAACACAGGCCGCAUUAUGACAGCAACACCCCUAGACCGAGAGAGAACUGCCUCUUACACCUUUGAGGUGUGUGCCACCGACUCCUCCCCUGCAAACCCACGUAACUCCUCUGUUCAAGUCAUUGUCUAUAUUCAGGAUGUGAACGACAAUGCUCCCUUUUUCAUUCAAGACCCACUUAUUGUAAACAUCUCAGCCAGCAGUGUGUCUAGCCGUCGAGUGCUGGCUACCAUGAGGGCGGAGGACAAAGACUUUGGGGCUAAUGGUUCUGUUUUCUAUCGUUUUGCCAACCCUGUGAGGGGAUUCACCAUUAACUCGCUGACAGGAGACAUCCAGGCCACAGAGAAGCUGCAGACUCUGACGCAAAGCCAAAGGACUUUGAUAGUUCAGGCCAUGGACCAGGGCAACCCAGCUCAGUCUUCCUUGGGGGUGGUUAUCAUUUAUAUCAGGGAACAGAGCUACAGGGGGAUUCGCUUCUCUCGCACAGCUAGAGAUGUCAGUCUGCAGGAGAACACUGCUAAAGGCACAGUAGUAACACAGACUCAGGCCCAGUACCCUGAUGGCUCUCAAACUGGUAUCAGCUACAGUAUUUUCAGUGGAAACAGAAUGCAGUCUUUUGGGAUUAACCCCAUUACUGGUGAAAUAUGGGUCGAGAAAUCAGAAGGACUUGACUUUGAGGAGACCCCGAAACUCCGCCUGGUGGUGAAAGCUGAGACGGCAUCCUCCAGCUCCUACAUGGCUGUCAACUUAAUCCUGCAGGAUGUUAAUGACAACUUACCACGCUUCCAGCUCCAGAACUAUGUAGCCUACAUUAGAGAAGCACAAGGCUAUGAUUUUCCCAUUAUCCAGGUUGCAGCAGAUGACCUGGACCAGGGUCAAAAUGGUCAGGUGACCUACUCAAUCAGGUCAUCAUCCAUGAGUAGCUUGUUUAAGAUAGAUCCACUGACCGGCAGCAUCACCACUGCAGCCAUAAUGGACCGGGAGAUCUGGACACAAACAAAACUUGUUGUUACAGCCACAGACCGGGGAACCCUGCGACUGGCUGGGUCUGCCACCCUCACUGUGAUUAUCAUUGACCUCAAUGACAACAGUCCCAUGAUUCCUCUGCCUCGGGAGAUCCAUGUGCCUGAGGAUACUCUGAUUGGCACAGUUAUCACCCAGGUUACAGGGAAUGACGUGGACUCAGGGCCAGCUCUUUCCUAUACACUACACCUGGAUACAAACAGCCACGGCAUGUUUGGAAUUCAUCGCUAUGGAGGAGGAGUGUCUCUGACUGGCCCUUUGGACUAUGAGGAAAGGACAUGGUACACACUGACCAUCCGCACAUCUGACUCAAAACAUCAAAGUGAGGCCAACCUCACUGUGCUGGUGGAUGAUGUGAAUGAUAAUGCCCCCACCUUUACUCAAGACUUGUAUCAGGUGACUGUAUCAGAGCACCUACCAGCAGGCAGUGCAGUCAUCACAGUAACAGCCACUGAUCGUGACUCUGGGGAGAAUGGGAAGAUUACAUAUAGAGUAAUGUCAUCAUCUAGAGGCAUCUUCUACAUUGACCCAAAUAACGGUACCCUGUUUGUCAACCAAAACACAGAGUUUGACUUUGAGAAUCCCUCCAUCCUGGUGGUCAUUGAGGCGCGAGACCAGGGCACUCAAUCCCUUUCAUCUAUUGCCACUGUCCAGGUACAAGUGUCUGACGUCAACGACAACACCCCUGUCUUUCACCAGUCAGAGUAUAGAGCCACUGUGUCUGAGGAUGGGCUUCCUGGAUCAACUGUUCUGACCUUAGAAGCUGUAGACGGAGACCUGUCCAGAGACAACUGUGGUUUUGAUUUUGCCAUUGCCAGUGGAAAUUCAGGUAAUGCCUUCCAGAUUGAGAGCAGUGUGCGCUUCUUGGAAGGGCGGGGCUUCCAGACGGUCGGCAGCCUGAUUCUGGUGGGUGAACUGGACUUUGAAGUAGUGCCAAGUUAUAAUAUGACUGUUGUGAUAUCAGAUCGUGGAAUCCCUCAACGUAGCUCCAGCGUGCCUAUCCUUGUCAGUGUUUCAGAUGCCAAUGACAACCCUCCAGCUUUCAGCCGAGCAGAGUAUAGUGUGGUGCUGAGUGAGGCUGCAGUAGCAGGGACAGAAAUCUUACAUCUGUCUGCCACAGAUCCAGAUUCUGCUCCCAAUGGAGAGGUGCAGUACUCGAUAAGCUCAGGGGAUGAGACUGAGCUUUUCCAGGUGGAUCGGUGGACUGGAGCCCUGAAGCUGCAGAGACCUCUGGACAGCGAGAGACGGUCAUUCCAUAUGAUUGUUGUCCAAGCUACUGAUGGUCAAGGGCACUAUGCUUUGGCCCCGGUCAGUGUCGAGGUGAAGGACAUCAACAAUAACCGGCCGUUCUUUCCCCUUAAAUUAGUAACUGCAAGCAUCAGGGAAAACCAACCCCAGAAUGCCUUAGUCACCAUGCUGCAUGCAAUCGACCAUGACAGAGGUGCUUUUGGACAGCUGAAGUACUACAUGUUAGACAGCUCUAAAGACGGAAGAGAGGCCUUCCUCAUCAACCAAACUUCAGGAGAAGUGCGGACUCGCUCUAGUUUUGACUUUGAGAAGAUAAAUUCUUUCAGUUUUGUGGCUGUUGCCAUGGAUGCUGGCAACUAUUCAGCUACUGUAACAUUGCAGGUUUAUGUUACUGGGGAGGAUGAAUAUGAUCCUGUUUUCACCUCCUCAGAGUUCUCAUUUGAAGUGCCUGAGGGAGCAAAGAAAGGCCAGAUCAUAGGUAAAGUACAAGCCAAAGAUGAAGAUGGAGGUGUGGAUGGCAUUGUUCUCUACUCUCUACGAGACAAUUCACCUUACUUUGAAGUCAAUAAAUCAACAGGAGCCAUUUCCUUAAAGAUGGAUAGCUACAGUAGACACAUGAGUCGCUCUAAAAGAGAGGUGCGUCUAAUGACAAUGGACGUGACUGCUCAUAGCCCUCUGGAGACCUCUCGCAUAGCAGUGGCCAAAGUUACUGUAGAUGUGACCCAUACUUCUUUUGGCCUUACCACAGACAUGAAUACGCUGAUUAUCAGCGUCAUUGCAGUUUCACUUGGGGUCAUUGUUAUACUAAUAACUAUUGCUGUGGCUCUAUUUUUUGUUAAAUUACUACGUCAGAAAAGGGAGCAAAAAGUGUGUGGACGAACACCUACAUCAGGCACCAUGCUGCACAAGUUUGAAGAAACUAAAAUAGCAGCAGAUGAGAUGAUUUACCAUCAGGCCCUCCCUGGAUACACUGCUGCUCAUGGUAGUAGCAGUGGGGGUCCAUACACUCGUGGUGGAUCCCUGGAUCCCUCCCACUCCAGUGGGCGUGGCUCUGCAGAGGCAGCAGAGGACGAUGAGAUCAGAAUGAUUAAUGAAUACCCUAGAGUGUCAAGUAUCUCCUCUUCCAUACAGGAGCGCAUCUCUGCCCGAGGUCCAGACUCUGGAAUCCAACAGGAUGCCGAUCAGCUGUCAGAUGUGUCCUGUGAGCCUUCCAUAGACUGGUUCAAAGGGAAGAAAGUGGGCAGUCUAAAUGGUACUUUACUGACUGGCCAGGUGCCAGUCUAUAGGGAUGACAGCAGUGGGUAUGUGGGUGUAGGACGUGGGCUCAGCAUUUCUCAUCCUAAAGACUAUUCUUUUCCAGAGGAUGGAAAGCCUGCUGUUGAUGGCUCCCUGACAGCCAUUGUGGCCAGUGAUGAGGAACUGAGGGGCAGCUAUAACUGGGACUACCUGCUAAACUGGUGUCCCCAGUUCCAACCGCUAGCUAAUGUUUUUACUGAAAUUGCACGUUUAAAAGAUGAAACAGCUCCUCCUCAUCCUCGCAGGUCAUUUCAUCACAAAGCAAAGGCAGAGUCAAGAAUUGAUCCCCCACCUCUCAUAACCUCUGUGGCCCACCCUGGGGCAAAAACUGUACCUCCAAAGCCAGCUAUAGGGAGGAUGUUCCCCCAUUUGGCUUCUUUACGAAGAUCUCCCAUCAGCAGCGAGGGAUCAGUCUCUUCAUUUGCCAUGUCUCCAAGUUUCUCCCCUUCUCUCUCCCCACUGGCAGCACGUUCUCCUGCAGUCACACCCUUCAGUGUCUCACAGGGCCUCUCUGCAUCCAUGAUCAGCACAACCGAACACAAUUUGGAACACAGCGAGGAAGCAGAGCUGAGAAUUUAAUUUCUAAAGACAACUCUUAAGGGUGAAUAAAAACGGAGUUAUGGCUGUUCCAGACUUAUUCUACUGUAUGACCACAGAGGCUGCAGCCUGAAAGGAUUUCAAGACUAUUCUCUUUUUUAUGAAGAAGUCCAAAUAGUUGAAGUUGCGGUGCUAACUGAAGGUAAAAUGAACUACAUGACUAACAGGCCAAAAUGGAGUUUGCCUUUGUGUGUGUGUGUGUGUGUGUGUGUGUGUGUGUGUGUCAAAACAACUCGUUAUUCAUCUGUUGAUCAGUGUUAAUUUGCACAUUUGAAUGGGGAUUCAUACAUGAUGUCAAUAUUUUGUACAGAAGCAUUGUCUAUAUUUUUAUACUUACAUGUGGUUUCUGACAAGAAAUGGCAUUAAAGUGUCAACAGUUGCUAAAACCUCAGAAUUUAUUUCAUUAUGUGUAUAUUUGUAGCUUGUACUGUAUACCUUUUGUACUGUAAGUUGGUUUUAUCUCUUAAUUCUUAACCUUGUGGUUUUAAAUGAAGCUAUUCAUUAAUGCUUUAUGAAUUGGGAUUUUUGUAACAGGACUGUUGUAAAUAUUUAUAGAAGAGGAGGCGAGGCAUUCUGGCUUAAACAAAUUAAACAACAGUCAGAAUAGUGUAUUGUAUGGUUAGAUUUUCUACAGAUUCAGCGUUUGAUCUUGCAUCAAGAAUUAGUCAUGAAUGUGAAAUAUUGAACAGUUGUCUUAGUCCUUAACACACUCCCUUUAUUUUCUGCAAAGGAAAAUGUAACUUGACAUCCAAUGAACCUGCGCUUGAGGUGCCCUGGCUUUAAUUUCUCACGUCGAGCCUUACUGCUGUUCAUUUUGCAUUGUGAAAAUAAUUCAUGUGAGGGAGAACACUGAGCAACUGCAUGAGUAAAGUUGCUUUCCUAAUAAUUCCAGAGAAUGUGAGCAGGUCCUGUCUACUCAUCGCUUUCUCAGUAAAAUAUUAAAGCUACAUUAUUUGAGCUCUAAAUCUGUACUGUCUUGACCCUGAAUAAAUUUCCAUCCAAAUGAAUUUUGUUGUAUAGAUUAACUGACAAGCUGUAAUGAAUGCUAUUUUGGACUACAUUUGCCCCCACUUUUCAGUAGCACUCUAAAGAAUGAUACUAUGUGGAUUCAAAGUAAUACUAAAAAUGUUACAUGUAGUAUGAUGGAAAAAUAAAAAAUGUGUAUAUUUAUGAAUGUUCCACCAGAGAAUGUUUCCUUGUUACUGAGAAGACAUCCAUGUAUUGUACAUGUUUAGCCAUAAUUCACAUGAUGCUUAUGCCAUAAAUAUAUUCACAAUCAUGAUUGUUCUUUGGCAGCUUUUACAAAAUAAAAUUUGCAUUAAUAACUACAGAGAGCCCUGCUGUGGCCUAAAUGUGGAUUCUGCUCUCCUUCCAGUUAUUAUAUAAGCAUGUAGUCUGUUUAAUAUCCAGUUUUAGAGUCUCAAUUAUUUUAAGCAAAACAUCAUUGUAAACCAUUUUUAUUUAUUAUAUAGGCAGACCUCAGAAGCUAAAUUGGUAUAAUUUUCAAGGAUGCUAUUUUGACAAUGGCCAAAUUACUUAUUUAAGAGAAUGAAGGUACCUUAUUGUUUGUAUUGUCUUGUAUUAAACUGUGUUACUGUGCCUGCCACUUACAUUUCAUGUUUGUUCAAAAUGUGUGUAUAAUGGUGCCACAGAGGAGAGAAACUCCUCCAAAUAGUCACACAUGUAAUUCUAGGCUUGUCCAGACAAAUGUUUUGAGAAAAG